UUGCAGAAUCGUCACAAAACAUAAAAAACUGUCCAUAAGCUCUUUUUCGAAUCAAAAAGAAAAAGAUUUUCUUCGUUUAGAAAUUGAUUCUUGGCGAAGAAAAAGGUGUCCAUUAUGGCAAACACUCUCCUGCGAUUAAAUUCGCUUCCGCGACAGCAGAUAGUCGCGAUUGUUCCGUCACUGAGAAAUAAUGGUUUACCAAGUGUUUUGAGCAAUAACCAACAACAUCGUUGCCAAUCUGUUCAGGCAUCUGCACCACCACCUCAAACGAAAACCAAAUUUGGUCCAUUGGCUGAUGAUGAUCGUAUUUUUACCAAUUUAUAUGGUCGACACGAUUGGCGUCUCAAGGGAGCCCUUAAGCGCGGUGAUUGGUACAAGACCAAAGAAAUCAUCGAAAAAGGAACCGAAUGGAUAAUUAAUGAAAUUAAAACUUCCGGCUUGCGUGGCCGUGGCGGUGCUGGCUUUCCAACGGGAAUGAAGUGGUCUUUCAUGAACAAACCGUCGGAUGGUCGUCCAAAAUAUUUAGUUGUGAAUGCAGAUGAGGGUGAGCCAGGCACUUGCAAGGAUCGUGAAAUCAUGCGUCAUGAUCCUCAUAAACUGAUCGAAGGGUGUUUAAUUGCUGGUCGUGCCAUGGGUGCUCGUGCGGCAUACAUCUAUAUCCGAGGGGAGUUCUAUAACGAGGCUUCGAAUAUGCAGCUUGCGAUUGCUGAGGCAUACCAAGCCGGCCUAAUCGGGAAAAAUGCCUGUAAUUCUGGAUACGAUUUUGAUGUAUUUAUGCAUCGUGGAGCUGGCGCUUACAUUUGUGGUGAGGAAACUGCUCUCAUUGAAUCGCUCGAAGGAAAACAAGGUAAACCUCGCCUAAAGCCUCCAUUUCCGGCUGAUGUAGGUGUAUUCGGUUGUCCAACAACAGUUUCAAACGUAGAAACCGUUGCUGUUGCGCCAACGAUUUGUCGACGUGGCGGAGUUUGGUUUGCAAGCUUUGGUCGCACCCGUAACUCGGGAACCAAACUUUUCAAUAUCUCAGGGCAUGUUAAUACGCCGUGCACCGUUGAAGAAGAGAUGUCUAUUCCAUUAAAGGAGCUUAUAGAACGUCAUGCUGGAGGUGUUAUUGGUGGUUGGGACAAUCUGCUGGGCGUUAUACCUGGGGGAUCUUCUACCCCAAUUAUUCCGAAGAAUGUUUGUGAUGAUGUCCUGAUGGAUUUUGAUGGACUCGUUCAGGCACAAACUUCGCUCGGAACGGCUGCAGUUAUCGUGAUGGAUAAGUCAACUGAUGUUAUCAAGGCAAUUUCGCGGUUAAUAGAUUUCUAUAAGCAUGAGAGUUGUGGCCAGUGUACACCAUGUCGUGAGGGCAUCGCUUGGAUGUACAAAGUGAUGCAUCGUUUUGUCAGUGGAAAUGCGCGUCCAGAUGAAAUUGAUAUGUUGUGGGAAAUUUCCAAGCAAAUCGAAGGACAUACCAUUUGCGCUCUGGGUGACGGUGCAGCUUGGCCUGUUCAAGGACUCAUACGUCAUUUCCGACCAGAGAUUGAAAAACGAAUGAAGUUAUACGAGGAAAAAGCUGCGGCUGGAAAAAACUAAAUAAAUGAUUUUUAAGAAUUCUGAUUUAGCUGCGGUUGUUAAAUAAUUUCGGCGUUAUUUGUUUAUGAACUGCUAGAUCGUGUACUAAACAGUAUAUGAAACUUGGUAAAUAUAUUAUAAUGUCCGUUUGAACUAGUAUUUUAAAGCUAUUUCUAUUAGAAGUGGUGGCAUAAUGACCAUAGGAAGCGAGAUGGACCACCAUUCUUU